UAAAAUUAUACUUGAAUUUUCAUUUCUUGUUAUAAAUUAGCGAUAAUUUAUGCAAAUUUUUUCUAAACAAACAAGGACACUUAAGAGUACCGUACCUUGUUACUUGAAGAUACGACAAGAAUUGAAAGAAGAGAAAUGCUCCUAUAUAAGUGAAAUUCAACCCCAUUAAUUUAUACACCAUACCACAUUACAUUUCAUUUCUUCCACCAAAAACAAAAACCCCUCCAAAACUCCCUCAUCAUGCUUAAACACCACCACCACCUCUACCACCUCCUCUCCCUCCUAUUCCUAUCCCUCCACCUCCCAUUUACCCUCUCCACCACCGCCCCCGCCGAUAUCGCCGCUUUAAAAUCAUUUAAAUCCUCCAUCACCCCCUCAUCAAUCCCUCCCUCCUCCUGCCUCUCAAGCUGGGACUUCUCAUCCGACCCAUGCUCCAAACCAAUUACAACCCACUUCAUUUGUGGACUCUCCUGCUCAUCCAGCCGACUCACCUCAAUCACACUCGACUCAGCCGGGUACUCCGGCACUCUCACCCCCCUCAUUUCUCAACUCACCCAACUCAUCAUCCUUGACCUCGGUCAAAACUCAUUCCAUGGCUCAAUCCCACCCUCUAUCUCCUCUCUCUCUCUCCUCCAACAACUCACUCUUAGAUCAAAUUCCUUUUCUGGCCCUCUUCCUUCCUCAUUCUCAUCCCUUAAAUCUCUUCAAGAGCUUGACCUUUCUGGUAAUUUACUCACUGGUAUUCUCCCUAAUACUCUCCAUUUUCUCUCUCAUUUGACCAGGCUUGACCUUAGCUUCAACAGAUUCUCCGGUAAUCUCCCUAAAUUACCCCCUAAUCUAAUCGAACUUGCAAUCAAAUCAAACUUAUUAUCUGGGUUAAUCUCAGAAUCCUCCUUCUCCGAGUUGACUCAGCUUGAAACGGUCGAACUCAGUGCUAACUCGUUCACCGGAGUUUUACAAUCAUGGUUCUUCCAACUUCCGGGUUUACAACAAAUCAACCUCUCGAACAAUAGUUUUACACGUGUCGAGAUCUGGAAGCCUAGGAAAUACAACUCAUUAGUAGCCGUUGAUUUGGGGUUUAACAAAAUCGAAGGGUACUUUCCUGUGAAUUUGACGGAAUACCCUGUAUUAGCCUCACUUUCGUUACGGUACAACCGCUUACGUGGAGCAAUCCCAUUGGAGCUGAGUAAAAAGGCGAGUUUAAAGAGAUUAUUUCUUGACGGAAAUUAUUUGACGGGGAUUCCACCGGCGGGAUUCUUUCCCGGUGUCGGAGAAGAAUCUCCGGUGGCCGGAAGUUUAGGGGAUAAUUGUCUGCGGGGGUGUCCACCGAAGUCGCAGCUAUGCCUGCCUUUGCAAAAACCGAUGUCAGUGUGUAAGCAAGUUUACGGCGGUAAAAGACAUGGCAAAAAUUGAAUAGUCAACUUUGUCGGAAAAAUUAAUUAAUUUAUUUUGAUAAAUGUUGUUUGAAUAAAUGACUUUCUACUUGCUGAGGUGGCGCGUGGGGGAUACUCUUUGGUGGGAAAAUGUGAAUUUGGGCGUCGAUGAGGUUAGAGGGCGGUAGCGUGGUUUCGUGGGCUUACGUGGACAACUGAGAUUUGUGGUGUUUUUGAAGGGUUAUAAACUAAUUUGCAUGCGCGUGUAGAUUUCAUUUCUUUCACUUUCAGUUUUGCUUUAUUUAUUUAUUUAUUUUUAUUUUUUUUGGAGAGGAUGGGUUUUUUUGUGUAGUGUAGGACUAUGCUACUUUGUAAAAGUGUAUAAUAAUGUGUAUAUUAGAAUUAUUCAAAUAAUCAGAUUUAUAGUAGUGUAUUCAUUACUUGUCGUAUGAA